AAUAACUAUCGAUUGUAUCGUACGAUGUUGAAUAGUUUAUGCAUGCAUGUUCAGCUGACUUGAAACAUACAUUUUCUUCAUUAAUUUCGUUUUCGUUGUUGAAAAUUUAAAAAGAUGCAUAAAAAUGGAAUGUCAAAUCAACCAGGUCAACCACAAUCAAUGACCGGAAUGAAUCGUCCACCACCACCACCAGUAUUGCCACAGCCUCAAGCAUCAACACAAAUGUUAUCCAGUACUUUACAAUCACAUGGUGUUCCACAUCCAUCAACAAUGCAACAUCAAAUUCGGCCGAUGAUGACCGGACAACAAUCGAUUACCGGACCAGGUAUGCCACCAUCGGUUGCAGUACAACAAAUGAUGGCUCAACAACAACAACAAUCUAUGAUGUCACAUGGUGGUACAUUACAACAGCCACAAUCACAAAUGCCAAUGGCAUCACAAAUACAGCCAACACAACAUCAACCACCACCAAAACAGAUACUUUGUCGUUUAGGUGCCGAUACUGUUCAGGAUAUUGUUUCGAAAACAUUAGAAUUAUUUCAACAUUUACGAACAUUAGGACCACAAUUGAUCAAUACGAAUCAACAAUGCGAAGAUAAAAAGAAUAAAAUCAAAGAUAUUAUCAAACACAUUGAAGGAUUAUUUAUUCGAUUAAGAAAAAUCUACAAUACUUGUAAUGAUCCAUCAUCGAUUGAUUAUGUAGAUCCAAAAUCUUUGUUACCACUUAAAGAUGAUGAUGAUGGCGAUAGCGACGAGGAUGAAGAAAAACUUCAUGUUAAUGGACAAGAUGGAUUGGCCAAUAGCACAUCAUCGAUCACUCUACGUCCAUUAUUAAGUGAAGAAAAAAAGAAUAAUCCUAAACUGCAACAAUUGGAAAAAGAUUAUCUAGAUCUAGUUGAACUGAAUCGAUUAAAAAAUCGUCAAAUCAAAGAAAUUAUUGAUCGUAUUAGAAAAAUGGUUUGGGAUAUUAAUACAAUGUUGGCAAUGCGUCGACCUUAAUCACCUUUUUUUUUUUGUUUUUUAAUCAUUGUAAAUUUUCAAC